UGCAGCUCUUCCAGACAUUGUGCAAUCUUAACCACACACAAAGAGAUCGUCAACGCACCCCUGUACCUCCUCUCAUUUACAUCAGAGCUUCCGUGAGCUUGGAGUUUACAUUUCUGUUAGAAAGUUCGAAAACCUUGUGGUUUAUUUAAACAGAAGCCAGUUUUCAGGAUCUGUGGAGAUGUCUGGAUUUUUGUUUCUCACACUGGUCAGUGUUUGGGUCCUGCUGGGCUCAUGUGAUGCUCAAGAUGACUUCAGUAAACUUCCAGAAGAUUACAAGAGAGGAGUUGAACUGGCUGUCCAACAAAUCAACUCCCACGAAGGAAUCAAGAGCCACUUUAUCUUCUUCAAAAGUCUGAGCAAAUCUGACAUUGAUGCUGGGUUUGCUGUGAAUUAUAUCUAUCAUCACUUUUAUCUUAAAGCCACUCGAUGCCCUAAAGGAACUUCAGACGCAAAUCCAUCUAAAUGUGCUUUUAGAAAUGACAGACCUCUGAUAGACUGUGGAAUCUGCUAUAAGAUGCAUAGAGGAGAGAUUCAGAAUGAACCGAAACCCUACAUUCACUGCGUUUACAAACCAAAGCUCACACAGGACAUGAUGUCAGCACGGGUUGAACACUGCGCCAAAAUGAGCUACACUAAUGGAUCCCCAACUCUCCUCGCAGCGAGAAAACCACAGUGAAGCACAAUACAUCAUUUAACAUCUUAUUGUACUACUUUGACAGAAUUUCUAGUAAAUUAGGAAUGCAUCACACUACAGAAUUAAAGUUGCACUGUUUAUUAUAAUUAUAAAUAGAAACCAUUAUUAGCACCGUGUGACUCUUGCUACUGUCUGGUCUUCCAAUAUACUGUAUAACAAUAUAUGCACAAAUGUCUAUCAUUUUUGUGAACUACCAAGAUUUUAUUAAACAUUAUAAUUAUGAGUUGAAAAUUAGACAACUCUGUUUUAAAAAAAAUCCAAAAUCAUGUUUUUUAUUACAUAAUCAUGUUUCUUAUUGUGUUAGUUAGCUUAAAUCAAAACAAACCAACGGCAGCUUGAUUGAUACGAAUUGGAAUCCACAAUAAAAAAACAUGAUUUUA